GAAGACGGCAGCAGUGUCUCUCUCUCUGUGUGUGUGAGUGUGUGUGUGUGUGUGUGUGUGUGUGAAGGAAGAAAAGAUGGUGCUACGACAACUCAUGUUAUUCCUGUUGCUGGGAAAGAUCUCCACUGGACACGAGUACUAUUCAUCUACAGAGGAAAUGGAAGAUCUUAUGAUUGUGGAUCAGACCCUAAUGCUGAACUUGGCCAAAUACAUCAAAGAGGAGACAACACACAUACAAGAACUGAACAGAGUCCUGAGAGACCUGCGGGGCCUCUCAGUCACCCAGCCGGACCUCAGUGACCCCAUCACUGCCUACCAGCUGGUGAACCGGAUCAAAUGGAAGUUUGACACCAUGGUGGAAUACAUUAAGAAGAGGCCCUCAGAGGAUUUCCUGCAGUACUUGUCCUCCACACUGGAGGCGCUCCCAGAGCAGGACGAGGUGGACGGAGUGGCACUGGGCCUCAUCAGGCUGCAGGAGAUCUACGGACUGGAGCCGCAAAGCAUCAUGGGACAUGGCCUGCCAGGUACGGAGCAGGCCUCUCGGUUAGACCCAGACGAGUGUUUCCACGUGGCUAAGGUGGCGUAUAAGAAUGAGAAGUUUGAGUUGGCCUGUCUGUGGCUGCAGGAGGCUUAUCAGCUCAUGCAGCAAGGGGAAGCCGCCUGGAUCUCCACCUGGGAUGCCAAGCUUCUCUUCGCCUCAUCAGCCUUCAGCCUGGGGGAUGUCCACACGGCCAUAGACAUCACUGAGGAGGUGGUAGACGCAGAUCCAGCUAAUGAAGAGGCGAAGCUCCAGCUGCUGAAGUACCGGCUCCACAGAGUGACCAAGCCGGUCUUCUUUGGGACCAUUGACCUGUUUACGAUACCAGAACCAUCCAACACGUCCCACGAGGCCCUGUGCAGAAGUCAGCGCAGCAGGAUGACCCCCCACAGGCAGAGGGCGCUGUUCUGCAGAUACAGCACUGCCGGGGGGAACCCUCGCCUCAUGUACGCCCCGGUCAAGGAGGAGGACGAGUGGGAUCACCCAAGAAUCGUCCGCUACCACAACGUCCUGUCUGAACAGGAAAUGGACAUGAUAAAGACGAUGGCCACGCCUGAGCUCUCACGAUCUCGUGUUGUUACUGGUUAUGGAGAAACUGGACAUGUUACAGAAAACCGUGUUUCUAAAAGCAUGUGGUUUAAUGACAGCAACCCUUCAGUCUCUCACAUCAUUCAAAGGAUUGCUGACAUCACCAGUUUGGACAUGGAGACAGCAGAGUCCCUGCAGGUCCUUAAUUAUGGAGUUGGAGGGCAUUUUGGUCCCCACUAUGAUGCAGGAGAAGAGAUACGGGAUGAGGAUGGUGACAGGAUUGCUACCGUAUUGAUCUAUCUGAGUGACGUGGAAAUGGGAGGAGCCACUGUGUUCCCUUUGGUUGGAGCUGCAUUACGUCCAAUUAAGGGCUCGGCUGUGAUGUGGUUCAACCUGCUGCAGAAUGGGGAGGUGGAUAAACUAUCUCGGCACUCUGGCUGUCCCGUGUUCAAGGGCAAUAAAUGGGUCGCCAACAAAUGGAUACGAGAACGAGGCCAAGAGUUCCGGAGGAGGUGUUCCUUAAAUUAUUGGGAAUGAGAACAUACUCACAAGCGCACACACAGGCAUGGCAGUUGAAAAUAGAUACUCAUGGAAUAUGUGAUUGUGAAUGCAGGUGCAUAUCUUAUGUAAAUAUGUACAUAUUAAAAAAUGUAAGAAUAUUAAAGAAUGUAUAUUUGUGAAUGCAGAGAAGGCAAUAAAAUCACUGUGAAGAGUUA